GAAUACUACCACUGGUACAGAGUCUCACACAACGACCUCUCUCUCUCUCUCUCUCUCUAUCCUCAAUUCAAUUCAGCCAUUCCAUUUCUCAAACUCUCUCUCUGUUUCAUUCUUCCAUGGAGGUCGUCUUCUCUUCCAAGCCUCAAUCACUCACCUUCAAUCCAUGUCUUCCUCUCAAUUCUUCUUCCUCCUUCUCCUACUCUCGCCUCCGCUUCGUCCGCCGUCAAUUCCUUGGCUGUGGCCACAAUCUCCGUCCUCCUGAUGGCCUGCGCUCUCGACGAAGGUGCAGAAAGGUUGGCCUGCUUGUUCAGUCUCCCAGGUGCAUUUUCCGAGCUACGUUCAGUUCGAAUCCGGUUCUCAUCGUUGUUGCUGUCGUUACUUUCUCCGCUGUCUCCUUCAUCUACAUGAACUUCAAUAGGAGGAAGAAGAAUGCGGUUGAGCGUUCCCAAUCUCCAAAGCUUGCCUUAUCUCAACUAGGUAGAGGCAUCAACUGGUCUGUUGACGGUCAGAUAAUGGGCUUUAGGGAUCACCAUGGCGACUUUUUAGAGCAGAACAUUGCCAUAAAGGAUAGAGCUGAAGAGAAAGGUUAUUCUGUGGAAGAAGAGACUGUUCUGCAGCUUCAAAAAUCUGGUCUAUCACAUGAGGCCAACAUCACCGAAACAUUGCAGCCAUCUAUUUCUGAAGUUACGACUUCUAAGGAUAGCAAUUCUCUGUUUUCAGAUGACAGCGAAGCAACAGAUCCUUCUCUUCUUUCUGAUAUAUUCGAAUCUGGCGUCCUGCAGCCUCUUAUUUUUGCCAAUGACAUGACUGAUUUAAAACUGAAUGGAUCUCAUGUCAAAUCCCACUCUGAAUUGCCUGUUGUGGUUGAUACAACUGAGCUUCCACCUGUUGCUGGUCCUUCAUAUAGUGUAUAUGAUCAAGUGACUCAACAUUUCAAAGCAGAGGGUGAGCUUCUAAAAGAGGAAAAAUUAACUAGUUCCAACUCUCAAAUUGAAGAACCAGGUAGAGAAGAUAUUUACAUGUUCUAUGAAGAUACAAAGUCAAGUAAUCAAUCGGCAACUUCUUUGCAUACUUCACAUCUAUACAACCAAAAAUUUUCUUCAGUGAUGAUUAAUGGUGUCUCUGGAGUAGCAGAAUUAGUGUUAGAGGAUUCUCUUCCAGUUGCAGGGUAUGUUCAAAGGAAAGUACCUGAUGCAAGAUAUAAGGAAGGUUCUUCAGGAAACAUAAAAAAAUCUGGAGGAGGCAACAAUAUUUCAAGACAUGGGGAAAGAAAAGCACCCAGUCUGCAUAAAGGAAAACUUGUGAAUGGGUUACCCUAUCCAAAUGGGAAACAUGUUCAUUACAAAAAUCUUCAUGUAGAUCAAUAUAAAUCAUAUAAUCAAUGCCUGAAAGGUGGAAGGUUGCAUGAUUGUAUCAAAAUACUUCAAGAUAUGGAAAGAGAAGGCUUAUUGGAUAUGAAUAAGAUUUAUCAUGGAAAGUUUUUCAAUAUUUGCAAGAGUAAAAAGGCUGUUCAGGAAGCUUUCCAGUACACCGCACUUAUUCCAAACCCCACAUUGAGUACAUUUAAUAUGCUCAUGUCUGUAUGUGCAAGUUCUCAAGAUUCUGACAGAGCUUUUCAAGUUGUGCGGCUUGUCCAGGAGGCUGGAAUGAAAGCAGAUUGCAAACUAUACACUACUUUAAUCUCAACAUGUGGCAAAAGUGGAAAAGUGGAUGCAAUGUUUGAAGUAUUUCACCGAAUGGUUAAUGCUGGAGUGGAACCUAAUGUUCACACAUAUGGGGCACUUAUUGAUGGUUGUGCAAGAGCAGGUCAAGUGGCAAAGGCAUUUGGCGUCUAUGGAAUAAUGAGGUCAAAGAACGUGAAGCCAGACAGAGUUGUAUUCAAUGCACUUAUCACUGCAUGUGGUCAGUCGGGAGCGGUGGAUCGUGCUUUUGAUGUGCUGGCAGAAAUGGGAGCUGAGUUACAUCCAAUAGAGCCUGAUCAUAUUACAAUUGGUGCUCUGAUGAAGGCAUGUGCAAAUGCUGGUCAGGUUGAUCGAGCAAGAGAAGUGUACAAGAUGAUCCAUGAUUAUAAGAUUAAGGGCACACCAGAGGUUUACACCAUUGCUGUUAAUUGUUGCAGUCAAUCUUGCGAUUGGGACUUUGCUUCCAAUGUGUAUCAAGAAAUGACCAGGAAAGGAGUACAACCUGAUGAGAUUUUUCUCAGUGCAUUAAUAGAUGUUGCAGGCCAUGCUGGUAAGCUGGAUGCUGCCUUUGAAAUCUUAGGAGAAGCCAAGACACUAGGGAUACGUGUUGGCAUUGUGUCAUAUAGUUCGUUGAUGGGUGCCUGUAGCAAUGCUAAAAACUGGCAGAAGGCGUUGGCACUGUAUGAGGAUCUCAAGUCUAUGAAAUUGAGGCUAACUGUAUCAACUGUGAAUGCACUAAUAACUGCACUGUGUGAUGGGGAACAACUACAAAUGGCUAUGGAUAUUCUAACUGAAAUGAAGGGAUUAGGACUCUCCCCGAACAAUAUUACAUACUCCAUACUUACAGCAGCGAGUGAAAGGAAUGAUGAUUUAGAAAUUGCCCUCAUGCUCCUCUCUCAAGCCAAAGAGGACGGGAUAGUGCCAACCUUAACUAUGUAUAGGUGCAUAAUUGGCAUGUGCUUACGAAGAAUUUCAGAACCCUCUGCCCUUGAUAGACCACUUUUGUCACUUGACUCUAAACUGCCUCAAGUCGAUAGUGAGUGGACAACACAGGCCUUAAUGGUGUACCGGGAAAUAAUUGCAGCCGGAAUUGUUCCAAGCAUUGAAGUUUUAUCUCAAGUUUUGGGGUGCUUGCAGAUUCCUUAUGAUCCCGUCUUAAAAAGUAGACUUAUAGAAAACAUAGGAGUAAGUGUUGACUCAUCAAGAUCUUCAAAUCUCUGCUCCUUGAUAGAUGGCUUUGGUGAAUAUGACCCUCGCGCAUUUUCACUGUUGGAGGAAGCUGCUUCACUUGGAGUUGCUCCAUUUGUAUCCCUCAAAGGAAAUCCUAUUGUUGUAGACGUCAAGGAGUUGCACAUUCAUACAGCUGAGGUUUACCUCUUGACAGUUUUGAAAGGUCUCAAACAUCGGCUUGCCGCUGGUUCAAGGUUACCAAACAUAAUGAUCUUACUGCCGAAUGAGACGACACAAAUUCUCUCUCCAAAGGGGGAGAAGACCAUUAACCUUGCGGGAAGGGUUGGACAAGCAGUCGCGGCAUUGUUGAGAAGACUUGGACUUCCAUACCAGGGAAAUGGAUCAAGUGGAAAAAUCAGAAUAAAUGGUUUGGCCUUGAGAAGAUGGUUACAACCGAAACUUUCCGAUUCUCUAAGUGGAAAACCAGGAGAGUUUAGCUCAUUUCAGUCACGUCUAAGAAAAGGAAUAAGCCAUCAGCAGCGUAAUAUUCGCAUGGGGAACCUAUCAUUGGAUUAAAGAGGUAAUGCAAAAACAUUAAGGCAAUUUAGGAAUGUCGGAUGCAUUUUGCUACCAUAAGCAGAUGAUCAGAACUGUUGAAACCAGUGACCUUCCACACCAUUUUAAUCCAACCCGCUGCGUUUUUAAAACUUCCUCGUAAAUGUUAGAAUAAGUAGGCUAUCGGUUCUCUCAAUGGCAAUGCUAGUUGAGGGGGACAUAUGAUGCGGUAUAGAGCUUUCGGUUUCGUGGCAAAUUCAUGGGAAGAGAGGAGCAAUUUGCAGAGCUGUCGUGAAUCGAUCUUUUACUAGAAAAUAUUUCUGGUCAAGAAGUUCAUCACCAAAGUUGGUAGUCCAAUUACGUGAAUAAAUCUUCCCUUGCUGCCCUUUACUGAGGUAAUUUAUGUUAUAUAUACAAAAUGGUUGUCAAAUUUUGUAAUGCAAAAACAUAUGACGACUUUAUAAAUUCAUCCUUCUUUCCUUUUAUUUUUGGAAUGAGAUGUAAAAAUGUAAACUAUUACCAAAAAUUUAUUGAUUCAUGAGUUUGUUCACUCAAACUGCUGAAUCCAGAGAAGAAAUCCGGGUAUGUUUCUUGCCUCUUUCGACGUAAUUAUUAGUUCAAUGAAAGCCAAACCUAUUAUUGACUCA